AUGGGCUGUGCUCCUAGUAUUCAUGUUUCUCAAAGUGGAGUGAUUUACUGCAGAGAUUCGGAUGAAUCAAAUUCCCCACAUCAGACCACCACCAUCUCCCAAGGCACAGCAACGGUCCAUGGCUUCUUCAUUAAAACAGAUGCUGCUGAAUCGCUGCCCUCCAGUUUGGCAUCAAGGAGCCCUAGCAAAACUAGAAUCAGAAAAAGAAGAAGGCAUUUGGGAAAUGGAAGUCUUGGAGGAGGUGGAGCACCUAUGGGGUCAACUUUCAGGGGACAACAAAGGCACUGCUUAGUCUCAGCAGAAUUGGAGAAUCAAACAUGUUAUACAGAUGUGCAGGUUGCAGCUACAGAAGUACACUUUGGACCUAUGAGACUGACACAGGAUCCUUUCCAGGUUCUAUUGGUCUUUGCUAAAGAGGACAGUCAGAGUGAUGGCUUUUGGUGGGCAUGUGAUAAAGCUGGAUACAAGUGCAAUAUCGCACGGACACCAGAGUCUGCCCUGGAAUACUUUCUGGAUAAACAUCAUGAAAUGAUAGUCAUUGACAACAGACAUGCCAGAUGUUUUGAUGCUGAAGCUCUUUGCAGGUCAAUUCGAGCCACAAACCCUGGAGAAACCACAGUGAUCCUGGUUGUAGUUCCUCAGUUGUGUAACGAUCAAGAGGAGUGUUCAGUCUUGCCCCUCCUUAAUGCAGGUUUCAACAGGCGAUAUGUGGAGAACCCCAAUGUAACUGCAUGUUACAAUGAAUUAAUCCAGUUGGAAUACGGAGAGGUGCGGUCACAAUUCAAACUGCGGGCAUGCAACUCCAUAUUUACAGCCCUAGAGCACUGCCAGGAGGCCAUAGAAAUUACAAAUGAAGAUCAUGUUAUCCAGUAUGUGAAUCCAGCAUUUGAACGUAUGAUGGGUUAUCAUAAAGGGGAGCUGAUUGGCAAAGAACUUACUGAACUACCCAAAAGUGACAAAAAUAAAGCAGAUCUUCUUGAUACAAUAAACACAUGUAUCAAGAAAGGAAAGGAAUGGCAUGGAAUUUACUACGCAAGGCAGAAAACAGGAGACAGUAUACAGCAAGAUGUGAAAAUAACACCUGUAAUAGGCCAAGGAGGGAAAAUUAGGCAUUUUGUGUCAAUCAAGAAAUUGUGCAGUGACAACAAUAAGCAGGUAAGAUUUUUGAACAGAUAUAUGGAAGAAAAUUCUCAAUCAGAUUCACAGUCGUUGAGAUAUAAAGAUAGACGGAAAGGUUCCAUUGACGUCAGAUCAAUAACAUCAAGAAGAAGUGAUGGGAGUUCGUACAAUCGACGGCAUUCCUCAAUGGCAAGGAUUCAUUCCAUGACAAUUGAAGCUCCAAUCACCAAGGUUAUCAAUAUAAUUAACACAGCCCAAGAGAACAGUCCAGUAACAGUUGCUGAGGCAUUGGACAGAGUUCUGGAAAUAUUGCGAACAACUGAGCUCUACUCACCUCAGCUUGGCAGUAAAGAUGAUGAUCCUCACACUAAUAAUCUUGUUGGAGGGCUCAUGACUGAUGGGUUAAGAAGAUUGUCCAGCAAUGAAUACAUUUUUUCUAAAAACCUACAGCAAAAUUACAGCCAUAUUGCCGUGCCAGUUGCCCUGAGCGAUGUUCCACCAGACAUAGCAGAAUUUCUUGAAGAUGAAGAAAGCUGGGACUUUAAUAUUUUUGAACUUGAAUCUAGAACUAACAAAAGGCCGUUGUUUUAUCUUGGUUUAAAAAUCCUAACAGAGUUUGGAGUAUGUGAAUUUUUAAACUGUUCAGAAAAGAUUCUAAGAUCAUGGCUACAGCUCAUAGAGACCAAUUAUCAUGCAUCAAAUUCAUACCACAAUUCAACGCACGCUGCUGAUGUAUUACAUGCCACAGCAUAUUUCCUGCGAAAGGACCGAGUCAAGGGAAGUUUGGAUGAGCUGGAUGAGGUUGCAGCACUCAUUGCAGCUGCAGUGCAUGAUGUGGACCAUCCAGGGCGCACCAAUUCCUUCCUGUGUAAUGCAGGAAGUGAGUUAGCUGUACUAUAUAACGAUACGGCAGUUCUGGAAAGUCAUCAUGCAGCUCUGGCCUUCCAACUUACAGCUGGAGAUGACAAGUGCAAUAUCUUCAAAAACAUUGAAAGGAAUCAAUUUCGGACAUUGCGACAAGCAAUCAUUGAUAUGGUUUUGGCUACAGAGAUGACGAAACAUUUUGAACAUGUGAACAAAUUUGUGAACAGCAUCAACAAGCCUAUGACUUCUAUUGAGGAAACCAGCUCAAAUAGCGAGAGCAGUGAUGGUGAACGUCCAUCCAGUUUUAAGAACUCAAUUGAGGACAGACUGCUCAUCAAACGCAUGUUGAUUAAAUGUGCUGAUGUCGCUAAUCCUUGCCGCUCUGUAAAGUUAUGCGUAGAAUGGGCGGGUAGAAUUUCAGAAGAAUAUUUUGCUCAGACCGAUGAGGAAAAAUGCCAAGGUCUACCAGUUGUGAUGCCAGUCUUUGAUCGAAAUACCUGCAGUAUUCCAAAAUCUCAAAUAUCGUUUAUCGAUUAUUUUAUAACAGACAUGUUUGAUGCUUGGGAUGCAUUUGCAAACCUCCCUACAUUAAUACAGCACUUAGCUGAGAACUACAAGUACUGGAAGACUCUAGAUGAAUGCGAGUGUAAAGGUUUGCGACCUCCACCUGACUCUUAAAAGGUGAACGGACAAAAUGUUUGGUUUGCCAAACUCACUUUAACCCGUGACGCAAGCAAAGCCAUUGAAGAGAUUCUAUUUUAUUCCUGUGACUGUAAAAUUAUAUUGUAAUAUAAACCUAACGCAUUAUGGGAAGAUUUGAUGUACAAAGUGCAGGAAACUAUGUUGUAUGCCAUCAUGGGGUACCCCAAUUACAACCAAAAGCACAGAAUGCUUGAGUUUCAACACUGGAUUUCAUCAUGUUCAAGAACAUUUUUUCUUACCUUUCUUGAGGAAUAUCACAGAGUAAGGAAAGUAACUGAUAGGUCUCUGUUGAGAGAAGGCACAAUUGAAAAUGCUGUUUCUGGAACUAUUACCCUCAAACCAUAAGGUUAUAUGUAAAUAAG